AAUCCACGGCUGUCGUUACACCAUCUUAAAUAUAAACGUUCCCGGAACGUGUUCGACAAUCUCUACCAUUUUUCAACUUUCUACGUUUUUAAUUUGCCCUCUUUUUCUUCCUUACUUAUUCACUUCCCAACUCAAGGGCAUAUUUCGCCUUCGGUUUCCCAUUUAUUUACAGUCCGAACCAAUCGCUUGAAAGGCUAAGGCGGCAAUAUGUUGGACCCGUGGUCACGGCCUCGCCGUUCGCGAGCCAAAAUAACCGUUCUCUGCCUUCUACUAACAGUCAUCGUCCUACAUGCCACCUUCACCCCCGCAAAACACGGCUCCUCCCAGGAAAACGAAAAUCACCACUCUUACGCUUCUCGCAAGCGCGUGGAGCCCCGUCGCGUACUCGAAGAAGCUCAGAACGACGCCGCUCAGAGCGACAAUAACGAUAAGAACUACGCCGAAUUUGAUAUCUCCAAGAUUCUCGUCGAUGAAGAAGAUGGAGGAAAGGAAAAACCCGACCCGAACAAACCAUACUCACUCGGACCUAAAAUAUCCGAUUGGGAUCAACAAAGAUCCGAAUGGCUGAAAAACAACCCGGAUUUCCCAAACUUCAUCGGUCCAAACAAGCCCCGAGUCCUCCUCGUCACUGGUUCAUCACCCAAACCGUGCGAAAACCCAGUCGGCGAUCAUUACUUAUUGAAAUCGAUUAAAAACAAAAUCGAUUACUGUAGAUUGCACGGGAUCGAGAUUUUUUACAACAUGGCGCUAUUGGACGCGGAAAUGGCGGGAUUUUGGGCGAAAUUACCGUUGAUUAGGAAGCUUUUGCUUUCGCAUCCGGAGAUCGAGUUUCUUUGGUGGAUGGACAGUGAUGCGAUGUUUACGGAUAUGGCGUACGAGGUUCCAUGGGAAAGGUAUAAAGAUUUUAACUUGGUUAUGCAUGGUUGGAAUGAAAUGGUUUAUGAUGAAAAAAAUUGGAUUGGUUUAAAUACGGGUAGUUUCUUGUUAAGGAAUUGUCAAUGGUCGCUUGAUCUUUUAGAUGCUUGGGCUCCGAUGGGUCCGAAAGGGAAGAUCAGGGAAGAAGCUGGCAAAGUUUUAACUAGGGAAUUAAAGGGUAGGCCUGUUUUCGAAGCAGAUGAUCAGUCUGCCAUGGUUUACUUGUUGGUCAAGGAAAGAGCCAAGUGGGGAGAAAAAGUAUAUCUAGAGAAUGCUUAUUAUUUGCAUGGUUAUUGGGGGAUUUUGGUGGAUCGUUACGAGGAAAUGAUAGAGAAUUAUCAUCCGGGGUUAGGGGAUCAUAGGUGGCCCUUGGUUACUCAUUUUGUCGGCUGCAAGCCUUGUGGGAAGUUUGGUGAUUAUCCGGUGGAGAGGUGUUUGAGGCAAAUGGAUAGAGCUUUUAAUUUUGGGGAUAAUCAGAUCUUGCAGAUGUAUGGGUUUAUGCAUAAAUCGCUGGCGAGUAGGAGAGUUAAGAGAGUUAGAAAUGAGACUGGUAAUCCACUUGAAGUUAAAGAUGAGUUAGGGUUGCUUCAUCCGGCUUUUAAAGCUGUUAAGGUAUUGAAAUCUUGAUAAUGUCUCAUUGGAAUAGCUUCAAUUGAUUGAUAUGUAACAGUCAUACACUGCUGUUCUUGAUUAAUUCUUUUGCUUGUCGACUUCCAUUCCAUUGCUAAUCCUUCCUUUUGGUAGCUUGGAUAUUGUACUCAAUUUUUUCGAUAUGUUGGAUAUCAAUGUCAACUGAAAUCAUAAUUGAACUCUGUAUUCAAUGAACUGUUUGUUGCCUGAGGCCUUGAGUUGAGUUUCGAUUUCCAUUCCAUUGCUAAUCCUUCCUUUUGGUAGCUUGGAUGUUGUAUUCGGUUUUUUUUGAUAUUUUGGAUAUCAAUGUCAACUGAAUCAUGAUUGAACUCUGUCUUCAUUGAACUGUUUGUUGUCUGAGGCCUUGAUUGGCUGGGCAGAAAGAAGAAAAGGAAAAUAAACAGAGGAGAUGUUACUAAGAUUGAUAAUCACCAUACUAGAUUUUUAAGUAACUACAGGAUGUUGCUUGAUUUCAUGUUUCAAUGAUGAAUUUUAUUCUUGUCUUUGUUCAGUGGGUAUGAAUCUGUUUGUAGAUAACCAAUGCCAAGUGAACUAUACAUUGUUAUUUUUUUUUAAGUACAAAGGAGGUCGCAGCCUGGGAAUGGGAGCAAGGGUUGCUAGUUUUGGGAUUUGAAAUCCAGAUCUGUUGUAUGCCACAUUUUAAGGGGUGACUGCGUGAAAAAACUAUUGUGCAAUUGUUUGCAGCUUACUGCUGCUUAGAAAGUUGUUGAUUAAAGAAUAUGAAUGAAGUAGAUGUCCCGGGAGCUAUUCUCUUUGUUUCUAACAUACUCUGGCCCUGAAUUCUUGAGGGUAUUGCCAUUGUUGCCACUGGUCUGCACUAUGCUCUUUUGUUAACUUACAAUUAGAUUACUGUCUUUUGCAUUUGAGAUUUCAGUUCUUCCUUCCUCAGAGUUCUCUAUAGAAACAUGGAUACAAAGAAUGGGGUUUAUGCAUUUGGAAGACAAGAGCUAAUGAAAUCAUCUUUUGGAAAUGAGAUUUUUGUUCUGUCACUGGUCCCUGAAAUUCUUUUGUUUAUGCUGACUUUUAAAGUUAGGCCAGAUAAUCUUGCCAAGAAUUAUGCAAUGUCUAGUAGACCUGAUAAUUUAAAAACAAUACAAUGAUACGAUAUAAAU